AUGGAUGAGUCUGUGUGUCAUGCUUUAUGGAGUUGUUGUGGUGCAAAUGAUGUUUGGGCUUGUAAGAGGAGUCCAGUGCAGAAAUGGCCUAGCUGUGAAAGAGAAAUGUUUAAGCUUUGGUCAGAUUGGAGUACAAAGCUGGCAAAAGAUCAGUUAGAAAUAAUGGUUGUGGUUCUGAGAAGAGUGUGGUUAAGAAGGAAUGGGGUGGUUUUUGAAAAUAGUUUUGUGGAUCCUUCUGUUUUUUUCAACCAAGUUGUUGAGUGCUUGCUAGAUUUUCAGCAAGCUCAGUGCAGACAAGGCUCUGGUCAGAGUUAUGGGGUUCAAAUCAGUAAAGCUACUAGAUGGAAAUCUCCUGUGGGGGAGACUAUUAAAGUAAAUUGGGAUGCAGCAUGGAGGGUGAAUGAUUAUAGAUGUGGGAUUGGGGUAGUCAUUAGAGACAGUUGUGGUGAAGUAUUGGCCUCACUGUGUUGUCCAAAACAGAAUGUUGUUGAUCCUGUUGUGGCUGAAAUAUAUGCACUGUGGAGGGCAAUGAAGUUUUGUGAAGAAUUAAAGUUCAGUAUGGUGCAACUGGAGGGAGAUGCUCUAUCUGUAGUUCAAGCAGUGAAUAAAGAGGAAGCCUCAUGGGAAUGA